AUGUCUGGUCUCCGAGCCAAAUGUUAUGAGUUGGACUACGACGAUUAUCACAGUUUUAUACAUGGGAGACUACCUUAUGAAAACAUCAAGCCAGAUCCCAUUUUGAGAAGUCUUUUACUUAGCCUCCCUCUUCGUAAGAUCAUCUUCACGAACUUUGAUAAGUUACAUGCAGCUAAAGCUGUAGAGACUAGAGAGGCUAGGAUCUUCGACAUCAUUGGAUACUUAUCCGAUCAUGAGAAGUCACUGUCCGGUUUGCCUAAAACACCUGUCGUCUUCAAACCGUCUGAAACCGCCAUAGUAAAGGCUCUUGCAAUCGCUAACGUUGACCCUCACAAAACCUUGUUCUUCGAUGACAGUGUUCGAAACAUUCAAGCCGGUAAACGCGUGGGUCUGAAUACUGUUCUGGUGGGGACUGCACAGAAGGUGAAGUGUGCAGAUUUUGCGAUAGAGAACAUUCAUAACCUGAAGGAGGCAUUGCCGGAGCUCUGGGAAUCGGAGGCUAAGCCUGGAAAAGUUAGGUACUCCGGGGAGCUUCCAGUGGAAACUCCGGUGGUAGCGUGA